AUGCUUUCUAGAAUCGCAGCCGCUUUCCUUCUUCUCGCCGUCGUCGCUGAAGCCAAACCGUGCUUCGGAGGCAGAUGUGGAGGAAGAGUAAGAGUCCCUUCCAGUCCUUUCCCUUCUCAUUCUCUCUCUCUCUUCUUUUCAGCCACCACCACCAUGUGGACUCCCACCAUUCCUUGAGGACCUUCCAGCUGAUGCUCAAGCCAAGAUCACCGAGAUCUGGAAGGACUACAAGGAGGGAGACAAGUGCUACGAGGAGCAGGGACUCACUCGUGAGAUCAUUGAUUCUCUCCCGAAGGAGGCUCGCAAGAGCAUCCACAAGAGACCACCACUUCCGUUCCUCAAGGGACUUCCGAAGGAGACUCUCGCCAAGUUCGACGCCAUCUUCAAGGACAAAUCGAUCCCAUUCAACAAGAAGCCAGAGAAGGUCGACGCUCUCGCCCUCGAGGUGCUGACCGGAGACAACCUGAAGAAGUUCCAGGAGUUCAAGGAGAAGAAGGAGAAGGAGGACCAGGAGUACAAGGAGAAGGUAAGCCUCCGCAGAGAUCCCUCUCAAACUAUUUCCCAAUGUUUCAGGAGGCCAAGCUUUCCCCAGCUGCCAAGGAAGCCAACGAGAAGCUCGAUGCCCUCGGAAAGCAGAAGUUCGAAAUCCUUGAGAGCCUCGACGAGGACGUCAAGGACGAGCUUUUCGAUCUCUGGAAGAGCCGCCCACACGGACCACCAAGACAUCAUCACUAA